GAUGUGUGAUACUAUUUUUAGGCCCGAAAACUGCAUGCGAAACUACUGGAGCAGAAGAGGCAUUGACAAAAAGCAGAAGAGGCAAAGCCAAGAAAGGCAGGAAACAUUUAGAGAGGCUGGAAGAAAACUAGAGGAAAGGCUCUGACCUCCACCAAAACGGUCAUGGUCACCCUCAUCCUAGCCUUCCGGCUCUCCACUCUUCUCCUCAUCCUCCCCCUCCUCGCCGGCGGCCAGGACGCCUCGACCGCCGAAUCCGAUGCCUCGCCGCCGGGCACCGAGGCGGCAGCGCUCCUGCGCCUCAAGGCGUCGUUCAAGGACCCGGCCAACGCGCUAGAGGCGUGGUCGCCGUCUUCGCCGCCCGCGCCGUGCAAUGCCACCAAUCCGUGGCCCGGGGUGCAGUGCUACAAGGGCAGCCUCAUUGGCCUCCGGCUCGCGCACCUCAACCUCUCCGGCGCGUUCGACUUCGCCGCGCUCGCCAACCUCCCUGGCCUGCACGCCAUCAACCUCAAGCGCAACAACUUCGCCGGCCCGCUCCCCGCGAGCCUCGCCACCGUGCGCAGCCUCCGCGCGCUCUACCUGUCGCACAACGGCUACACGGGUCCCGUCCCCGGCGACGUGUUCGCCAACAUGCGGUGGCUCAAGAAGCUCUACCUCGACCACAACGAACUCUCCGGCGUCCUUCCGGCAGCCGCCAUCGCCGGCGCGCCGCGCCUCCAGGAGCUCCACCUCGAGCACAACAAGAUCGAGGGCCCCGUGCCCGAGCGCCUCCCGGCGUCUCUCCGGCUGUUCAACGUGUCGCACAACCGCCUCACCGGCAUGCUACCACGCGCCGUCGUGACGCGCUUCAACGAGUCGGCAUUCGCCGGGAACCACGACCUUUGCGGCGCGCCGGGGAGCGAUGCCGGGGCGUGCGAGGCCGUGGCUGCGCCGGAGCCCUCGCAACCGCCGAUGUCAGCGUCGGACUACUUCGCCGUGGAGGAGGAGACCAGCAUCGUGGUCGUCAUCGGCAUCAUCCUGCUCGUCAUCGCGCUGGUCUCCGGCGCCAUGGUCCUCAUGCUGCAGCAGGACGAGCAGCGGAACAGCGCGACGCCGCCUUACUACGACACCGUCAGCACCGGGGCCGGCAUGGCACCCAAGCCCGCCGCUAUGGCCGCGCCGCGCGCCUCGGAUGCGACGAUGGAGAUGGGCGGUUCCAGCCACGCCGGCGGCAGUGGAAGCGGCGCCGGUGGGGGCAGGCGGAUGGACGAGUUCGUCCUGAUGAACAAGUCUUGCGGCGUGUUCGGGCUGCCGGACAUGAUGAAGGCGUCAGCGGAGGUGCUGGGCAACGGCACCCUCGGGUCGGCGUACAAGGCGGCCAUGCGCAACGGCAUCACCGUGGCCGUGAAGCGCAUGCGUGACAUGAACCGCGUGGGGCGCGAGGAGUUCGAGAACCACAUCCGGACGCUGUGCGAGCUCCGCCACCCCAACGUGCUCUCGCCGCUUGGCUACCAUUACCGCAAGGAGGAGAAGCUCAUCGUCUCCGAGUUCAUGCAGUGCGGCAGCCUCCUCUACGUCCUCCACGGUGACCAGAGCCCGAGCAGGGUGAUCCUGGACUGGCCGACGCGGCUGAGGAUCGCCCUCGGCGUGGCGCGCGGGAUGGCGUACCUCCACGAGAAGCUUGGCAUCCCGUCGAUGCGGUUCGCGAGCAUGGACGGCGCCGACUUCGACGCGCCGCCGCCACCGCCGCCUCACGGGAACCUAAAGUCGGGGAACAUCCUCCUCGACGCCAAACUGGAGCCGCACGUCGUGGACUACGGCUUCUUCCCGCUCGUCAACGCGCCGCAGCUGCCGCAGUCCAUGUUCGCGUACCGGUCGCCGGAGGCCGCGUCUGCGCAGCAGCAGCAGCAGCAGCGCGUGCCCGUGUCGGCCAGGUCCGACGUGUACUGCUUCGGCGUGGUGCUCCUCGAGCUCGUCACGGGGAGGUUCCCCUCGCAGUACCUCCUCAACGCGCGCGGCGGCACCGACGUCGUGAACUGGGCGGCUUCGGCGGUCACCGCGGGAAGCGAGCGCGAGAUCCUCGACCCCGUCAUCGCCGCCGCCGGUGGGGCAUCCGCCGUGCAGCUGGUGCGCAUCGCCGUCGAGUGCACCGAGGCCGCGCCGGAGAGCCGGCCCAACAUGGCGGAGGCAGCGAGGAUGGUGGAGGAGGUCGCCGGCGCGUCGUGACCAGUUGCUCGCCGGUGCAUAGGAUGUGAGGAGUGAUACUGAUGCAAGUUUGCGCAUGCACAUCGUCUAGCUCCAACGUGACCGAACCCUUGCCGUGGCGGGUAAUCAGAGGACGGAGGCUUCUUGAGCUUUGGAAAACGGCGAGGGGUCUGUCAGGUUGGCCUGUGUGUGAAUUCAAAUGGUCUGAAUCUGUAAAAAGAGCAAAGGAAAUCAGGACCAAAUCGAGGGUAAACAUGCCGAUUUACAUCUCUAGUGACCUUUUAGGCAACAAUUUCUUCUAGUUGGAGGAUGGAAUUAACGACCAUACUUGUGUGAAUUAUUUAGACCCUAUUUAAUCUUGUAUACAUGUUAAAAUAGGAUUAUGUGUUUGCUGAAAUGUAACUUUGGAUUUUAGCUUUUGCAAUUACAAGAAACUUUUGCA